AUGGAGAGGCACGGUUUCGUCGUGCUGACGGAGACGGGCGCCAUUCGGGACGCCUACCUGGAGUUCAUGGAACUCCUGAAGGCUUUUUUCGACGGCGGUUCCGGCUGGAAGGAGGCCUUCAAAGGGAGGGUGCACUUCAACGAGCGCGGCAUCCCCAUGUGGCACACCGGUUACGAGAAGUGCGGUAUCGUCCGCGAGGUGUUUCGGGCGCCGGCUUCAGCUUUCCCGCCGUCUUCCCAACGGCAACCGUGGCCCUGCCCACGCCUCCACCGGGCCUGGCUCGCCAUGCUGCGCCUCCUCCAGCGAGUGUGCCACCGCGCGCUGACCUUAACGCUAGGCCGCCCUGUGCUGGGAGCGCCGCCGGCGAAGGCGAAAAAGAGCCGCAGCACCAACCGGCAAGGGGGAGCGAGCCUAAAGGCGGUAGAUGGGCUGUUGUGCGAGCGAUGCCCCGUGUGCGGGAGCAGUCUGCGAGAGGAGCAGGAACCGGAAAAAGGAAAUGCCGCUGCCGCCGUGCGAGGGGAGAAAGGUGGAGGUAGUAGCACCGGCGGCAUGGACGGCGGAGCUUGCCACCGGCAGCGCUUUGCUUGUUCCGCGAUCCAGGAUGAGACAGGGGACGGCUGCGGUAGAGACAGCUGCGAUGAUGACUCCCACGACGACUUCUCCGUGAGUUAUGCGCUCAGAUACCCGAACGAGUUCGCCGACCCAGCCCUGGAGCAAGAAGAUCUGACGGUGGGGGAGCACGUCGAUCCGAGCCUGUUCGUGGCGGAGCCUUGCUGCGGGGUGGAAGGAUUGGAGAUUUGCGACCGGGCGUCGGGAAGCUGGCUCCCCGUUGAAGCCGUAUGCGCCGGUCUUGGGAGCGAUGGAGGUCGAAGCCUGGCUGCAGCAGAAGGCAGAGAGCUCAUCCUUUUCGGUGGCAAGGCGCUAGAGCGGGCGACGGAAGGAAGAGUGUUAGGGGCACCGCACCGCGUUCGUAGGGGGAACCUCGGGCGACGGCAUUGCUUCAUCUACGAGCAGAAGUACGCCGAGUUUUUCCCGCCGCCUGCGUUGGACUGAACUACCAAUACAGCCGUAGUAGUAGUAGCAGUAGUUGCUAAUGAUGCUUUGUCCGACCUUGCCGCAUAGAGACAUCAGUGGUGGUUGCACUCGAGUAUCCUCCGAGCACCCGCGUCAUUCUACAGCAGUCGGUUUUGGGUUGGUCGGGCAUCUUUCGGGUGUC